UAAGGCAACAACAGGUAGCACCACCCAUUUUGCUAGCCAGAUAAAGAACUGAUUGUUGAAGCUUUUCUUCAAACAAGAGAUGGGCACGCUCUCGCACCACGUUGUAUUCCUUCCGAGUUAUCUCGCGGGAACGGCCUCCCGCCAGACCAGAAUCUCCUCGAUUAAAUGCUCAAACAGAGGCUUCGCAACUCCGCAGCGCGCUCAAGGAAGCAGAGGCUUCGGUGUCCCGGCACCUGCCGACCACAAGUCUCGGUCCAAAGGAGAUGACACCGCGCUUCGCGGCGACGGCAGCGGGAGCCGCAAAGGCAGCAGCGAAGACGACGAGAUUCCCCAAGUGGUGUUGGAUCGGAUGCUCCGGCGGAUUCUGAUCUCCGUCGGGGGUCCGAUGGCGUCCGGCUUCGUGUUGCUGUACCUGGAGGGGUUGGUGAAGAAGGGCGGGCUGUGGGAGGUUCCGGCGUGGCUGCCGUUCCUCACUAUCUUGCUCUCGUUUGGGACGUCAGCGAUGGGGAUCGCCUACGGGACUCUGUCUUCGAGCUGGGACCCGGAGAGGGAAGGGAGCCUGCUGGGGUGGGAGCAGGCGCAGAAGAACUGGCCGGAGCUGUGGAAGGAGGAGAACGAAUGAUGCCAUGACGUGUGAUCGGAGUGCCGACGGCUUGGUGGAGGACCAGUGGAAAUUGUAUGUUCUUGUUCAGGUUUCCUUCUGUCUGAUUAGUUUAAAAAUAUGAUGAGACAGUAAAAUUAAAUCAAGUAUAAAUUGAAAAGAAGAUAAAGGUAACGUUAUUAUGUUCAACAGAAUGAGAGUUUUGGGAAGAAUA